UGCAUAAAACUGACGUAGUUCGAUGCCUUGAUGGGUACUAGAUAUCAUCCUGCCUGAACUUCUCAAUAGUGAGAGCACUAAGCCAGUAUUAAGCCUCACAAUUUAUAAGAUGGGAGUAGAGCGUGCCAAUCAAUGCGCGUCUAUCCCCACAAUUUGCCGAAUCCUCCCCUACCUUCUUCUUCCAGCACCAAGUCCAGAUUGAAAAACUGCGAUUUUCUCCAUUCAUCGAUGAUGAAUACCAGUAAAAUUCAAAUAGCACAACAUGCGGCUCUACGGGUGACUGACUAGCUGAUCAUGAUUCAAAUAUCCAUGAUCGGGAGCCUCCCUCAGCCUCCGUCCUAGUUGCUUGUAGUUGCUUGUAUAUUAGUCCGAUUUCUCCUUACCUCAUGUGUUUUAUCUUGUACCUCAACGACAACCGUCAACCAUGGACCGCUCAACGAUUGCUUCUCAUCCUCACAUAUGGUGGAGCAAUGGUAUAUUCUUCGUCUCCAUACAUCUAGCAGCAUUGGUCGGCAUGUACUGCUUACCUCCAACUCUGGUUUCCUGGCCGACUCUUGCGCUGACGUACGCUAUGUGGCAACUUGCUGAGUUUGGAAUCACUAUAGGCUAUCAUCGUCUGUGGUCUCAUCGUGCAUUCCGCGCAUCCAUGGGUGUUCGCUUCGUGCUGGCACUACUUGGGUCGGCCGGUUUCCAGGGUUCUAUCAAGUGGUGGUGCCUUCGACACCGUCUCCACCAUCGUUUCACUGAUGAUCCUGUCCACGAUCCAUACGCAGCUACUCGUGGGCUUCUAUACUCUCACAUGGGCUGGAUUUUCUUCAAACCAACAUAUACACGCAUGGAACUUGUCGAUAGAGAUGAUUUAGACCGCGAUCCAGUCGUACGCUUUCAACACAAGUACUACAUUCCGUUAGCCCUAUUCUUCGGAUUUGCUGUACCCCCCUUAAUUGGAGCAUUAUGGAACGACGCCCUCGGCGCCUUUGUAUGGGCAGGACUAGUUUCUAGGCUGGCAGUGUGGCACUGUACUUUCUUCGUCAACUCUUUGGCUCACUGGGAUGGUUUACAACCGUUUUCAGAUGAAAAUACUUCUCGAGGCAAUUUUCUUUUGGCGGUUUUGACCAGUGGGGAAGGAAACCAUAAUUUCCACGCCUUUCCCCACGAUUAUCGUUCAGGUCCUUGGAUACACACCUGGGAUCCCUCCAAAUGGGUUAUUCUUUUGCUGCAUCAAUUUGGACUCGUAUACGGUCUUCGUCAAGCUCGAGAUGAAGAUUACAAAGAAGCAUUGGCUUAUAUGAAUCACAAGUCCUUGCAUGGCGAGCCGCCGAAAGAGGAUGUUAAUGAGGAACAAGACAGUCUGAGUAAAUCAGUCGGUGAUGCCUCUCAACACUGGUCGGUAGCAGCAACAAAACUGUACGUGAGGGAGCAUCCCGACCGGUGCUUUCUAUUGCUGAAUGGGUGGGUUGUGGACGUUACCCUAUAUCUAGGCGAACACCCCGGCGGCGCCUCACUCUUACGCAGAUAUGCAAUACGUCUCCGUGAAGACAAUGAGGCAGAGGACCAGAAAUGGCACGAUGCCUCUUGGGCUUUUGACGGAGGCUUGAACAACCAUUCACGAGCGGCCGUCAAACGUAUGAAAGAGCUGAGAGUGGCUAAGAUCGAGCUUCCGGAAGAUACUGGAUUGGCUUGUGUAAAAGAGUAAACUUUUUUCAGAAUUUUUCCUACUUAGAUAACAUUACACAGAAAUGAAUAGAUAGAAUUGUCCUAGUGUACUGAGCAGAAGAAACAGGUUGAAAAAUAU